CAGCUUAGCUGUAGGCUAGGCGCUGUAGCAAUUACAUACAUACAUAGAUACAUAGCAUGUCGACUACGGCUUCCAUUAACGGUUGUCUCUCCUCUCUUUCCUCUGCAACAGCCAAAGCUUCUUCUUCCUCAUUCCGUUAUCCUCCUGCAAGGCUUCCCAAACUCAUCAGAAACCACCCUGUUUACGCUGCCCCUCUUACUUUGAGAGAAGACAUGACGAAGGGCAACUACGGAGAGGCCAUUGAAGAGCUGAGGAAGGUUGUAAGUGAGAAGAGAGAAUAUGGAGGCAUAGCGGCUGCAGCAAUCAAUGAAAUAACAGCAGAAUUACAGUCAACCUCGGACGCCCCAUCCCAGCAGAUCAAAAAUGGUUUCGUUCACUUCAAAACAGAGAAAUAUGAGAAAAAUCCAGCCUUGUAUGGAGAACUUGCAAAAGGCCAGAGCCCAAAGUUUAUGGUGUUUGCCUGCGCAGACUCUCGGGUUUGCCCAUCCCAUGUGCUGGACUUCCAACCAGGAGAAGCAUUUGUGGUCAGAAACAUUGCCAAUAUGGUCCCCGUCUAUGAUAAGACCAAGUACUCUGGAGUUGGAGCUGCCAUCGAAUAUGCUGUAUUGCAUCUUAAGGUGGAGAACAUUGUGGUGAUUGGGCACAGCGCCUGUGGAGGUAUAAAGGGGUUGAUGUCUUUCCCUGAUAAUGGACCCACUUCUACUGACUUCAUCGAAGACUGGGUUAAAAUAUGUUUACCUGCGAAGCACAAGGUGAUAUCAGAACACGGUGAUGCACCUUUUGGAGAUCAAUGCGUAUAUUGCGAGAAGGAGGCUGUGAAUGUAUCUCUAGGCAACUUGUUGACAUAUCCCUUCGUGAGAGAAGGAUUGGCGAAAAAAACUCUAGCAUUGAAGGCUGGUUAUUACGAUUUCAUCAAAGGCUCAUUUGAGCUCUGGGCACUCGACUUUGGUCUUUCUUCUCCUCUCGCCGUUAAAGACGUUGCAACCAUUCUGCACUGGAAGCUCUACUGAUGAUGUGACGAGAGAUCAAUAAUCUUGCAAAGAUGAGUCUUGCACGUACUGUUAUCAAUUUUAUAAUUCAAAUUUCUAAUAUAUAGACCGUGCAAUGCUUUAUCCACUAACAUAAAAAAUCUGUUUUUUUUUUUUUUUUGAGAAGCCACUAUGAAUUAGUUGUUCUUCUUGCCUUCUCUAUUGAGAUUUACAAGUGUAAAUCCUAACUCAAUGACUUUUACAAUGACUAUUUUUGGCAAA